AUGUCUUCCCCAAGAGUCAGAGCACUCCUCUUCGGCUUCGAAGACUCCCCUCUCCUCGACGAGAUCAACACUCUAGCAGCCACCCUGAGAUCAAUCGGCUGGACAGUGAACCAGUUCUGGCUGCCAACAACCGACUACAAGAAAGCAAACGUGAUUGUGGAGAGUGCUUUGGGCCAAGACUUACCUGCUGACAAUAGCCAUGAUACACUUUUCGUCUACUAUGGUGGCUAUGCGUUGCAGGACCCGACGAAUCUCGCUAACCCAUGUGCCAAGCUGAAGUGGCAUGCCAAAUGUCAGCAUGUCGUCGUGAUCCUCCACUGUCCCUUCAACUUCGACACCUACCCAGACUGGCCAGACAAGAUGUUCAAAACUGAAAGCCCGCCAAACUUCACUAUGCAGUACGUUGCUCUACCGGCUCCAGCCACGGAGGUCAAGCUCGGCAGGACGGGCUUCGAUUGCGUCGCACAAGGUUGUCGGACCGGGGAGAUCGUAGAGGUCCCUCAAGUGUUCAGUGGACUGCCGACGACUUUGAUGGGUAACAUGAUUGGAGGGUGGAACGAAAGUGAGAAUCUGACGGUGGAGAAGUUCGUGCAGAGACUGACGGUGCAGGGUGGGGGAAACUUGGGAGGGAUGCCAUUUUGGCAUGGGCCUAAGGGCAAGGCGAGUGAUGUGGUGUUGCGAGGGGGAAUUGGUGAUUAG